CGGUAAUCGAUUACAAUCCCCAAGUGUUUAAUCCAUUAUUGCAGAAUUCUCAGCAUUCCGGCCUGUUUUCCACAGCACUGCGCUGUUUGGGUCUGUUCAGCACAUUAAAGCGGAGAGGGAACUUUUAAUCACUCAAAACAGUUUCUGGUCUGAUUUACUGCAGAAGGAGAAGAAACACGAUUCCUCCAGCUGUCUGAUCCAACAUGGCCGCCCUCAGCCCAACACUUCGGAUAUAUCGGGGCAUUUUAAAAGAGCUCAGAUAUUUAAAAGGCCCGGAGUAUAAGGACACAAUGGCGUUCAGUUAUAUGGUGGAACACUUCCGGAAAAACCAGGUGACCAGUGAGCGUCACUGCCGUGCUCAGAGAGAGGCAGUCCAUGCGUCCCACACAUACCUGUGUCUAUUAGAGUCAACACGGCGUCAUCGGGAGCUGCAUAAUCAGUACCAUGGGAAAGGAGAGCGCCCCCCAGAGGAAGUGGCCCACCUCGUGGGAUUGCGCUUACCCACACAGCCUGGUGGUAAAGGCUGGGAGGAGUGAGGGACUGAGUAAAGAACGGAGACCAGGUGGAGGACUGGCACUCAGACUUCCUAUAAAUGUAUUAUGUUCGUGUUGUGUGUGUGUGUGCGCCAAUUUGUAAACAUUCAUCUUCAAAUAAAACGUUUGUUGACUUCUAGUGUGAAUUAAAACAGAUGAAUCUUA